GUCUGGCAACCCAUACGGUGCAAGGCUGGGAGCAUAUGCUGCAGACGGUGCUGCCUCCCUGGAGCCUGCAAAACUUCUCAGAGACAUAAGAGCAGAAGUGAAUAAAAUGGCUUCCAACCAACGGGCUGCGGUGAGCGAAGACAAUAUUGUAGCCUUCAGAAAUCACAUGGAUAAUUAUUCAUCCGGGGAGCUGAAGAAGCUGAGCGACCACUUCCGCCCCGACUUGGUCUACGUCAUUGAGAAUGACAUUCUCACUGUGCUGGAGGAACUCACCAGCAGAGGUGUCGUCACUGCUCAGCAGGCCCAGGAUUACCAUGACUGGGAGAGGAACCACGACUCAGCGAGCGCUGCAGAGAAGCUGGCAGAUGACAUUUUGGCUAUGAACCAGGCCGCAGGGCUGGGUCUCUGGGAGUGUCUGUUUGCUCUGCAAAGCAGAUGGGCUCACCCCAAUCUCCAUGGGAUGGUGGAGGAAAUCAUUCAGAAUGGUCAAAAUUUGUUACAGGAAAAUCUCCUGAAUGAAAAUGGGCAUGCUCUUGAUGCCGAACUGAAAGCUUGUCAAGUAGAGCACAAAGCCAAACUCUGUGAUCUCACAGGGAUGAUGAAGGAAAACAAGAUGCCAGGGCGAUCUGAAGGGCAGAUUUUCCCCAUCUCUAACCGCUACGUGGAGCUCAAGGUCAUCUCAGACCAUCACUUCAAGAAGCAGACACACCAGGAGCACGAGGCCCUAGCAGCAGCUGGGGAGCUGAAUGAAUAUCGCCUCCAGAGAAGAAUAAAGAGUGAGCUGGAGCGCAUCACCCCUGACCGGCUCUUCCGCUGGUGCUUUCGAACCCACCAUGUCCCCCUGUCUGUGAUGGUGAGCGGAGUAGCUGGCGUAGGUAAGACAACCCUGGUGCAGAAAUUCAUCUUUGACUGGGCAAUGGGGAAGCACUACCAGAAAUUUGCCUUUGUUUUCUUCUUCAAGUUCCGGGACCUGAACACUAUUACUCAGAAGAGAAGCCUAGAGUCUCUGAUCUGUCAAACAUAUCCGCACCUCCAGGACAAGCUCCCAAGAGUCCUGGAAGACCCUGAGAAGUUGCUCUUCAUCUUUGAUGGCUUGGAUGAGAGCAAGACUGAUUUGAAAUUAAGCAGAGGUGGAUCCCAGGAGCUGUGUAUGAACCUGGGGGAUGUGAAGCCAGUUACUGUGAUUGUCGCCAGCCUGCUGAAUCAGACUCUGCUGAAGGGAUGUUCUGUGCUGCUGACCAGCCGCCCCAGCAAGUUGACCAGUUUGGAGGCUGGAGUCUUCCAUAGGGUGGCCAGUAUCGUGGGCUUCCUCUCCAAGGAAAGGGAAAGAUACUUUUCCAUGUUCUUUGGAGACGAGCGAGUCUCCAGAGAGGCCUUUGCAUAUGUGAGGGACAGUCAGGUUCUGUACACGCUGUGCUACAACCCGUCUUACUGCUGGAUCACCUGCAUGGCCCUGAAACCCUGCUUCAUGGCCGCGGCAGGGAGACCACAGCCUGCACCCAAAACAGUGACCCAGCUCUUUGUCAGCUACGUCACCCAUAUUAUGGCCAAUCACACCCAGGAGCGGCCUGAGCCUCAGAGGAUGCGAGAUACAUUGGUAAAGGUUGGAUGGUUGGCUGAAUACGGCAUCACAAACCACAUUCUAGUCUUCGAUCUGAAGUAUUUACAGGAUUUCAAUGUGGAGUUUUCUCCCUUCCUCAGUGGCUUCUUGGUGGAGAACCCUCAAACUGAUGACUCUGCCCAGGUGACCUACUCCUUCCUUCACCUCACCAUCCAGGAGUUCUUUGCUGCCCUCGUGCAUUAUCUCGAUUACAAGGAGGACAAGUUCAGAGACACAAUGGAUAAAGCCAGGUCCUGUAAGGAAGGUGAUUAUGAGAUCUUCUCUCGCUUCCUGGCUGGGCUCUCCCAUCCUGCAACCAAGAUGCCCCUGGUGAAAUAUGUGGGGAAGUUCUCUGCAGAGGCAACUCGCAAGGUUAUUGAGUGGCUCAGUGAGAUGAACUAUGAGGAGCUGCAAAGCCCAGAAGAGCCCAAGGGGAAGAGGAGGCUGAUGAAUGUAUUAAAUUUGUUUUUUGAAUCCCAGAACAGCCAACUUGUGCAUGAUGUUGUGGGUAAAGCUGCCCAUAUGGACUUCUCCGACUUAUACCUCAUGCCGGUGGAUUGCACGGUCCUUGCUUAUGUGUUGAGUUGCUGUGAAGAAAUACAGCGCCUAACCCUAGAUUCCUGCUUCAUCCAGAACGAGGGCCUGGAGCGACUCAGACCUGAGCUGCACAAAGUCAGAGAACUGAGUCUCCUGGAUAAUGAUCUGAAGGAUCCUACAAUGAAGGAUAUUUGCAAGGCCCUAAAGCACCAGAACUGUAGGCUAGAGGCUCUGAGCCUAGGGAAGAAUGCGUUCACUGAACAGUGCUGUGAAGAACUGGCAUCUGCCCUCGCGGGAAACUGGACCCUCCUGAGUCUUGACCUCAAGAAGAAUAAACUGCGGACAGGGGGCCUUUCUUACCUAUCAAGGGUGUUUGAGUCCCCAGAAUGCAAGAUUCAGAAAUUAGGCCUCCAGGAAACUGGUUUGUCAGAUGAAUCCUGCUGGGCACUCUGCUCUGCUCUCUCCCAAAACUCCACCCUCCGGCAUCUGAACCUGAGUGCAAAUAAUUUCACUGAUCGGUGCGCUGAAGACAUGCAUCUCCUUAUCCUGACGUGCCCCAGCCUCACCGAGAUCAGGCUAGGCUUGACCGACUUCUCUCCAGAGGUGGAAAAGCAGCUGAAGAGCCUGCAGAGAGAAGGGCUGGACAUUCAUUUUUGAAGACCAGAGCUCUGCUGUUCCCUGCUGUGAAAGCAGCACUGGACGCUACUGAUGCACUGCCUGGUGCAGCGUCUACUGCCUGUGAUUCAGUGCGAGGGGUGACAGCAGCUGGAGAGUAAAGCACACUGCAUAAGACAUAUUGGGCCACAUUGCAAUGAAACUCGGGCCAAUCUCCUAUGAUGGAUCUGCUGAGCUGGGGACUACAACUCCCAUCAGUCCCCUCUGCACAUCCCCUUCCUCCUGGCCAGGUAAGUAAGUGGCUGCAGGGAAAAUGAAACAGCAGCUGCAUGGCAAGCAGGAAGUUGGAGAGAAGCUGAAUUCAGAGUGGAGUUCCCAGGAACCAUAUGUGCGGAACACAGCCGUGUGUGGAACCGGCUGUGACUGUCCGACAUGACAGCGGGUGCAGGUCUGUGUGGGACUUAUGGGGGAGCAGCAGCGGCUGGGCAGGAACCCAGCACAGAGGGGCCCCAAUGACAGACACUAACUGAGCCUGGCCUGGAAACCUACAAGUUCCUAUUUGCUUGGAAUAGAGACUGGACUGGACAGGGCACCCCAGCACAAGGCGGGAUGAGCCCUGACUCUUGAUUGGACUGCCCCAGGGGCCCAAACGUUUACUGCUAUCGUUCCCUUUGAACUGUAAUUGUUUAAGCCUCUGUACCUAGGGUAUCUACAACCUUUCCUUUGCUGCUGGCAUUUCUAAAGCAUUUAUGUUCUUAGUAUGAAAAUUAUGGUCCCCUCUUUCUACUAACAACCCUAUUCAGCUGCGGAAGGACCUCACUUCUCGGCUACAAAUCCAGCAUUUUAAAAGUCUCCCAGGCCUCUUGCCCUUCCUCCAGAGUCAAGGCAAGUUCUGAUUUGAGCAUCCAUUUUUCUUGGAUUUCAGUGGUAGAUUACAUGUUAGAUUGUGUUAGAGGAUAAUAAGGCGAUAAGUAACGGUCAACUUGGAUUUGUUAAGAAGAAAUCAUGUCAAAUCCAUCUACUAUCCUUCUUUGUCACAGUAACAAGCCUUAUGGAUUGGGAGGGGAAGCUGCAGAUGUGAUAUAUCUCGACUUUAGUAAGGCUUUUGAGACUGUCUCACAUGACCUUUUCAUAAACAAAGUAGGGAAAUACAGCCUGCUGUAGGGUAGGUGCACAACUGGUUGGAAAACCAUACUCAGAGAGUACUUAUCACUGGUUCACUGUCAAGCUGGAAGGGCAUAAUGAGUGGGGUCCUGCAGGGAUCUGUCUUGGAUAUCUUUCUAUUCACGAUCUUCAUAAAUGAUUUGGAUAAUGGCAUAGAGAGUAGACUUAUAAAGUCUGUGGACAAUACUAAGCUGGGAGGGG